AAAAGUUGUGUCUCGCUGCUUUGCAGAAAUCACCGUUCGGUGUUCUUUCAGGCCUACACUCUUUCCGUUUCACCCUCAUUAGGCUGGUAACUCGAUGGCGAACAUAAGAGAACCUCACGUUGUUCCUCCACCACUUCCCGCGUCGUGGACGGCCCCGGAGUCGUCCGGCAAAUCGAUAUCUCCUCUUGUCGAACGCAGACUCUUACCUGUUGGUCCGGCAUAUCUUGCCCACGUAAAGCGCGCCGUCCACAAGCUCACCUUCGAGGAGCAUGACAAGCAUGCGGAGGAAGAACGCAGGCGCUUGGAGGCGAUGAACGGUACCGGUGUCGACGGCGAGGAUGAUCUCGGUGUCGGAGACGAACCUGAGGACGAGGAGCUGUCGUUGCUGGAUCCGAAGGAGUGGAAGAAACAAGACCACUACCAGGUGCUCGGGCUUUCACAUCUGCGCUACAAGGCAACAAAAGAUCAGAUCAAAAUCGCACACAGGAAAAAGGUCCUCAAGCACCACCCUGACAAGAAGGCGGGGCUUGCCGGCGAUUCGAACGACGAUGCGUUCUUCAAGUGCAUCUCAAAGGCGUUCGAGGUGCUUACGAACCCGGAGCGGCGGCGCCAGUUCGACUCCGUCGACCCGUACUACGAGUUGCUCGAGGCGGACGUGCCGGUGGAGAAGCAGCUCAAGAGCGCGAGGAACCCGCAGAAGUUCUUCUUCGACGGUUUUGCGCCCGUGUUCGAGCGCGAGGCGCGCUUCAGCCGCAAGCAACCUGUGCCGAUGCUCGGCGGCUACGAGGACCCCAAGGAGGUCGUCUCGGCGUUCUACGACUUCUGGUACAACUUUGACAGCUGGCGGAGCUUUGAGUACCUCGACAAGGAGGUUAACGAGGGCAGCGAUAACCGGGACGACAAACGUUACACGGAAAAGAAGAACAAGUCCGAGCGCGCGCGGCGCAAGAAAGAGGACACGGCGCGUCUGCGGAGCAUCGUCGACCUCGCGCUUGCAUACGACCCGCGGAUAAAGCGGAUCAAAGAGGAGGAGAAGGCCGCGCGCGAGGCGAAGAAGAAGAACAAGGGUGGCGUCCAGAACGGUGUAGAUGCCAAGCAGAAGGAGGAAGAGGAGAAGAAGAAGGCAGAGGAGGAGGCGAAGCGGAAAGAGGAGGAGGAGAAGGUUGCUCGCGCGGAAUCUAAAAAGGCGAAGGCGGCGGCUGCGAACGCUGCGAAAAAAGCCAGGCGAGCGGCGCGUGCUGGAGACACCGAUGCUCAAUAGUUGUAUCCUCGCUGCACUUGGAGACUACGAGUCCGCUCAUUCAUCGCACCAUGCCGGUUCCAUCGACAUUCUGUAUCGCUCUGUUGCAUUAGAACUGUCUUCGCUAUGUGCUAUCUAGACAGGGUUACUUCUAAUCCAGGCAAAUCUUGGAGUCCUUGACCUCAGGAUGCGCCUGUACUGUCUGUACGUUCUUUUCUAUGGGACCGAUCUCAUUGCCUAUGUGUGCUGCAAUCAUUUUGAGUUUGUGGCCUCGCACUUUCAAAGGUUGUCAAUUACUACUUAGGUACUUAUAACAACGCCGACUGCUAUGCAUACAU